AUGCUUGUUGUUGCAGAGAGUUCAAAUGGGAAUCUUCCCUAUGGGAUGAUCCUGACUUUGCUAUUUGAGCAUUUUAGUGUGAAUUUUAGUGAAGAGGUUGGCUUAAAAGUCACAAGGCAGGAGUUCUACACAGUUACAUCCCUGAAAAAGAUGGGAUUUGAGAUGCAUGAUGGUGUGUAUGUCCGAGCAUACAAUCCUCAUGUAGUCCAUGAUGAUUAUGAUGAUGAUGUUGCUGCUGCUGAUGAUGAGGAGGAGGAAGAGCCCAGAGACAAGCCAAUGACGCAACCACAUAGUUCAGCUCCUCCAGUCACCCUAGAUCAUAUAUGA